AUGCAGCCGAGUGAGCGAUGGCGGGCCAUGCUGGAGAUCGGUGCGGCUCAGGCUGCAGGGCACGAGACCGACCCACAGAUGCUGCAGAUUUCCUACCGCAAGCACGACCAAGAAGAGGUGGAGACCGAAAUUGUGUACGAGGAUGCAGCCGAAGCAGGCGAGCAGCCGCGGCUCCUCGUCUCGCUGAAAUCUGUCAGCACUUUGAAGCUGCUCUGCGAGCAUGAGCACGCCAGGUGCGACAAGGUGAGCAACAUGCUGGCAGAAUGUCGGUCAGCGUAUUACAAAGAGCUCAGGUGGCUGAGGGAACAGCUCUACCUCGCCUAUGAAAGCGAGGAAGAUGCAGCAGCUCGCCGGAACCUCCUGACCCCCGACGACUUCGAGGUCUAUUGGUUUGAGCCGGAGAAGUUCCUCGAUGAGGAUACGAGGGACUUCCUCAUACGGUGCGUCCGUGAGACGAACAGGCGGUUGCUAGACGAGAACCGCCAGCUGAAGUCCACGCUUCAGGAGAUGAACCUUUUUGAGAAAGCUUCUUUACCGACAGUCUUGAAGAGGCUGAAGCUGAAGCACGCUGCCGCACAGAUCAUGGUCGAGCUCUAUAAUUUGCUCCGGACCAGAGCCGAAAUGAAAAAGUUUAAGGAAGCGGCGUGUGAUCUGAUUGGCAUGGCUAUGCCUCCGGAGUCCCAGCCGGCGACAGCAGCGACAGGAGCGGCAGGUGUCACCGAGGCAGGAAGUCAGGAGGACGGCGCCGCUGCGAGUGGACCUGGGCUCACAGCCUCUGAUGCUGGUCUUGAUGAGCUGGCGGAUCUCCGCAGCCAGGCGCAGCGGCAAGAGGCCGAGCUCCUGGAGCUUCGCUCGAGGCUUUCUGGGACUAUCGACGCUCGCCUGGAGCAGGAGAAGGCUCAGCGCGCGGCGGAGGAGCGCGAGCGUGCCGAGGAGCGUGUGGGGCAACUCCAGCGCCGCCUCUCGGAGCUCGAGAGGGAAAAGGAGGCCUUAGCCGCGGAGCUCCUCGAGACCCGGGAGUUAGAGCCCGAGCUGGAGCGAAUGAAAAACCGCAUGGUCCGCAGUGUACACAAGAUCAGCGAGAGCUUGCAGACACUGGGACCCGGAGCCGCCGGAGCCGGAGACGACGAGAGGAAUGCGCGGAGCUCUGCGCUGUCCACGGACGACCUGUGGGAUUGGGAGCAGGACGAAACGGAUAGCGUUGCGGGCUCGUUCAGGGCCGCACUCUCUAGGUUGGACUCCUUGGUAAUCGCUCUUCCGUCUACGGUGCAAGACGUUGCCGUAGAGAUGCAGCAGCUGAAGCAGCGCUGUGAUGAGCUGGAAACCAACUCCAUGGCUCCAACAGCUGAUCCGGAGGAGCCGCUGUCCGUGGAGCCGGAGCACAGCCCUGCGGCCAGCGCGACUGGCACCCAUCGGACGCAACCAGACUCUGGGAGGACGGAGGCCCUCCUGGCGGCCGCGGCAUUUUCCUCUGCCGCGGGGACCGAGAUCAGCGACUUGCGGGAAAGUCCCUGCCCCUCGAGUCCAACCAGUCCUUUGAGUUCGACUAGCGGGAGACGCCCGCAGAAGUCCUGUGAGAUGGAGCCCUCAGAACUGUCGGAACAGGUCCGUGACCUGACGACGAAGUUGGAUCUUGCCAACGAGAAGAUCCGACUGCUCAAGGAGCAGUUGCUCAAGCUCGGCCAGAAGCAUGGGUUACCGGAAGAGGGCCUUCUCGGUGAGAAGGGCUUGGAAGAGGUUCCCGACUUCUUGCUUCCCUACCAGCUGCUGGCCAAGAGGAAGUUGCCAAGAUGGCAGAUCCUGAGCCAGGAUGCCGAGCUGAAACGGAAGAAACGGGAGUACCUCGAGAAGGCUGAGAACAGGACCGUCGGGAAGGAGGUCUUUGCGGCCUUCGACUUCCUGGUUACUGCCGCAGCCGCGCAGCCGCAAGCACCGCAGACAGGCGCACGACUGCCUUCGCCAUCGCCCGCAGUCCGUCGCUUUUCGGCUUUGGAGCAGCUGAACACCAACAAGGUCACGGUCAGCUCCAGACUGCAAAGUCCGCCCCGACAGAAGAGCCUCGGCGUCCCCAACUCCCCGAGACUCCGAGUGGGUGACCUGCCAUCCCGGUCCGCCUCGCCGGAGAGAAGUCCCUUGCAGCAAUCGCCAUCCCGGCAGCCGGGAGGCGCCGCCGGCGCCGCACCGAGGCGGCCGAGUGCCACCGUCUGCCCUUGCAGCGACACUGCAGAUUUUCAAACCUACACCCCCGGAUGCGUGCAGGGCAACGCAAUUUUCAGUGCCGCGAAUGUGGCCGGUUUCACAUCUCCCAAGGAGAGCAGCCAACUUCAGCAACUUCAGAACGCACCGAAAGGUACUGCGGGUGCCUUUCUCAUGGAUUCCCCUGCAACACACGUUCCGCCCACCGGAGCCAAAACAGACACCAAUUUCUACCGCGCCCGUCCGACAAGCAACGACACCAGACACACAACAAGUGCGAACGACGACAGGUGCCGCGACAGGCGCCAUAGCUAUGUUCCCAGUACACGAUGGUCCACAAGAGACAAUCCGACUCGUGACGUGGUGCAGCCAAGCAUUUCACUUCCUCGCCUUCACGGCCGAGUGACGACAAGCUUGACGCACAAGUCCCAGACCUGGACAUCCCUCAAGGACGUCUGGUUGGAAAUGGCAGGAUCACGCUGUGCCAAUACCCGGCGAUCGAAUUCGAGGUCAAGCCCCGCAGAUGGCCAGGCGGCCGCCCCUUCGCGGGUCUUCCUGCCAGGAAGUGCUCGGUUCCCACCAGGCGCUGUGAAAACACUGCCGCUGCGGAGCGGCUUCUGA